GCCGUUUGUAGCUCACACUUCGCUGGGGACUUUUGAUUGAUAUUCGAGACAAGAACGUCGGUGUUUUUUGGUUGGCUUCUUCCCGGGAGAUUUUUAGCUGCUGAGCAAGCCUUCUUGUGUGGAUAAUCCUCGUGGGUUUUGGACCUCGUUCUUUGAUUUGCUUUGCCCGUGUGGACCAUUAUGACUCUGGAGGAAGUUCACGGCCAGGAACCAAUGCCUGAAACAAGCGACAGUAGCUCCAGCAGCGCCUCGAGCGGCAGCAGAAUGCAGAACGCCGGUAAAGCCCUCCAGGAGUUGCUCGUCUCUUCGCAGCGCCGCGGCUGCCUCACCGCCGGCGUCUACGAAUCUGCGAAGCUGAUGAAUGUCGAUCCGGAUACUGUCGCUUUCUGUGUGCUGGCUGCAGAUGAAGAAGAGGAGGGGGAUAUUGCACUCCAAAUCCACUUCACCCUCAUCCAAGCUUUCUGCUGUGAAAAUGACAUCGACAUUGUGAGAGUGAGUGACAUCCAGAAGCUAGCUGCCAUCGUGGGGGCCAGUGAGGAGACUGGGGAACCCAGAGACUUGCACUGCAUCCUCAUAACGAACCCCGCUGAGGAUGCCUGGAAAGAUCCAGCCUUGGACAAGUUGAACUUGUUUUGUGAAGAGAGUCGAAAUGUCAACGACUGGGUGCCCAGCAUCACCCUGCCUGAGUGAUGAUGAUGAUGAUAAAUCCAGUGCAUAGGAGAGGUUGAAAACCUUUUGUUGCAUUCUCAUCCUGGUGUUGCACAUCUGGGCAACCCAACAAGUGGCUGAUUCUGGGGAUUAGCCUGGUCAACAGCUUGGAUUAAGUCACUCAGACAGCACGUGGUGGAUUCUUGUGGAGAGAAAGGAGAAGCAAAGGAAGAAGGGGAGUGGUUUGUGCCAGCAGCGAGUUCCUUCUCUAUGCUGCAGCGCUGGAGAAGCUGGCAUGUCUACGGAGCUGAAGAAGUACUGCAUGUUUUUUAGGAGCAGAAGCAAAGGGGGGAAAACUGGCAGGUUUCCAGUUAAGGUGGUCUGCUUGUGUUAGAAAGCAAGUGUGAAAGUUGAAAACUGGUCACUGAUGAUGGGCAGGUAUGGACACAGUAUUGUAACAAGAAACUGUUGGCGGGGGUGUGCAACCCCCCUAAGAGACUGGAAGUUUAAAAGACUUUAGUACUGUUGCAUUUCUUCAAAGAUUUUGAUGCAGAUCGAUCUUUCGGAGGCCUUUUUGGACUGUGUUCUGUAUUGAUAACCAAUUUUGCAAUAAUUCUUUUAAAUUGAAAUUCAUGCUGCUAUUGAAGUUCUUCUACAUUUAUAAUAAAUUUUUGAUAAUUAA